UAUGAUUUUUUUAUUUUUAUUUUUUCAUUUUCCACUUUAUUUAUUUCUCCUCCUUUUCCUUCAAACUAAUUCUGCUAUCACUUUUCAAUAAUUUUUGUUCCUAAAAUUUAUGAUUUUUUCCCUGUAAUUCUUGCAAUUUUUGGUGAAAUUCGGUGCCCCCAUUGAAUUCCUCUGCAUUCUCUGCAAUGGCGGAGAAUUAAGCCACAGAGCUUUGUCUGUGACUCGGAGCAAACCCAUUUGCAGGAAUUGUAGUUUUGGGCUUUUGAUAUUAAGCACUCCAAUUAGGGUUUUAGGUUUUUGGGAAGGUUUUCGGAAAAGAUUAACAAAAUUCAACGUUUUUGCAAUCGUUUUCACAUUUCCGGGUGUUUUAUUUAGGGAAGCUUGUAUCUGUAGCGGGUUGGCUUCAGUUUGUUUAGGGUUCUAAGGGCUGUGAAGUUUUUGGAAAGUUUUGGGUUUUUGUUUCUGCCAUUUACUUCUGUAUAUCUAUGGAGGAGAAAGAGAGCUCUGGUUCUGGGGUUACCGUGAGAGUUGAUGAGGCUCCAGAGAGCUACCGUAUAGAUCCAAAGACUGAAAUCCCGACCCAAUUAGGCGGGGGUCCCACAAUGGCAGCUACUGCUACGGCUAUGGCUGUCUCGCCUGGUACAGGAAUGAAGAAGAAGAGGGGCAGGCCUAGGAAGUAUGGUGCUGAUGGGACCGGUACUCUGGCACUGUCUCCGAUGCCGAUUUCGUCCUCGAUACCACUUACCGGUGAGUUCUCAGCUUGGAAAAGAGGUACUUGUAGGGGGCGGCCCACGGAAUCAGUCAAGAAGUCACAUAAGUACGAGUAUGGAAGCUCAGGUGAGAGAAUUGCAUACUCCGUUGGUGCAAAUUUUACUCCCCAUGUGCUCACAGUUAAUGCUGGCGAGGAUGUUACAAUGAAGGUUAUGUCCUUCUCUCAACAAGGAUCCCGGGCCAUAUGCAUUCUUUCUGCAAAUGGUACAAUUUCAAAUGUUACACUUCGUCAACCUGCUUCUUCAGGGGGUACUUUAACAUAUGAGGGUCGUUUUGAGAUACUUUCCUUGUCUGGAUCAUUUAUGCCUACCGAGAAUGGAGGAACAAAAAGCCGAUCUGGUGGGAUGAGUGUCUCUUUGGCUGGACCAGAUGGUCGAGUGAUGGGUGGAGGACUUGCUGGUCUCUUAGUGGCUGCUGGUCCUGUGCAGGUUGUUGUGGGCAGUUUUCUACCAGGACACCAGCAAGAACAGAAGCCCAAGAAGCAGAGAAUUGAACCUAUAUCAACUGUGAUCCCUGCCCUUCCCAAUCCUCUCCGUGUUGAAGAAACAAAAGGAGUCUAUGGGGGAGAAAAAGCCAUUUUGAAAUCUUUCACACCCUUGCAUGGCGACAGUUCAGCUUGUCUUAACCCGAUUCAGGGCUUUAGGAGCUUGGCUGCCGACAUUAAGACCUCUAUGCCUGAAGAAGAAUCUAAAGGCGCCAGCCAAAUGAAGUGUGAGGUUUCUUGUUGAUCAUGUUCACUCCUUGUGUGCGGGUUGUCUUGCCUGUUAUCUGUAGACACUACGAGGAUUAGGCUCACCCAAAUUUGUUUGACAGAUAUAUAAACUUCAUGGGCUAUCUACUUAAGGACAAACUAGGAUUCAAUAUGGUGUUCGUUUUAACCCCCAUAAUUCUACCUUCUAAUUAGACGUUAGGUAGGACUUCUAAUAUGAUCAGGCUUGUAUUGUGGAGCUCUUGUCAUCAUGUAUUUUUCUAGUGUUGUGUUAA